GACGGCCGUUGCGCUAUCAGACGCGAGACAAUGGUUUAGAAAUUCUGUGAUGGAUCUGUCCCUAAAUUUGAUUCAAUUUAUGGGAACAAGCGCGCGCUUGAAAGGAGCACACAUUUCCCUCCUAUCACAGGGCUUUACUGCAACUGACCCCACCCAUCUCAGAUACCGCAGCUUGCGCGCCGAGGAGCAGUCUGGGAGAAAUAUACAAGCAGCAUCUGGAUUUGAUUUAAUUCAUACGCGCUGUUGUGCAGUACUGUAGCCUGCAAACAAUCAUAUAAAUUGCUUAUAUAUUUGUUGUGUGUUUGCAAACGAGGGAUUUAAUUCAGUUAUAAAUGCGUAGUGCUGCUGAUGCUGAAUAUCUGAAAGCAUUUGACAAAAAGGAUCUCAUCUGCACGCGGAUGUUGACCAAAGAAGACAUUGGAGUGUUCCGGAGGCAACACAACACCGACGAGAACGAAGGAUGUCUAGACUAGUUAUAUUCUUUUGAAUGGACAUUUUUGGGAAUACCUGCAUGUUUGGAUAGCUCACUGUCAGGUGACAUAGAUAGACAGGGGUUCUUCUUUAUCUGUUGUUUUAAUAAAAGUGAAGCAGCGAUGGAUGAAGGUGCAGAGUCCGAUGAUGCUGUCAUUAUUGUGGAGAACGAAGCAGAGAGCAUGCCAGUUCAGGAGAACACGAACGCCUGCAACGAGCGGACAGGCACCUUGAAUUUUCUGGACACUUGUCCCGUGUGUCAUUUAAACUUUCACAGUCGAGAACCAAAACUUCUGCCAUGUCUCCACUCUUUUUGUAAGAAGUGUUUGCCGUCGGCUUCCAGGAAUUUGGCCAUGCCAGACACUAACAGCUCGACGAAACCACUGAAUGUGAUUCGCUGUCCGGUGUGCAGACAGGAGUGUAUGGAGGUGGACGUGAUGGAGAACUUCUUUGUGAGGGACUCAGUGGAGGCUUCCAGCAGCACCGUGGAGAGGACUGUUCAGCUAUGUAUGAGUUGUGAGGACAACACAGAGACUACAGGUUUCUGUGUGGACUGUGUGGAGUUCAUGUGUGCCACCUGCGUGGAGGCCCACCAGAGGGUCAAGUUCACCAAAGACCACACCAUCAGACAGAAGGGGGAUGUAUCUCAAGAGUAUGUGGGUGUUUCCACUCAUAGGCCAGUGUUCUGUGAAGUCCACAAGCAGGAGCCCCUGAAGCUGUUCUGUGAAACCUGUGAUCUACCAACCUGUCGAGACUGUCAGCUACUCAAGCACAAGGACCACAAUUACCAGUUUCUGGAGGAUGCCUAUAAGAAUCACAAACAUUAUAUGGAGGAUAUGAAUCGUCAACUGCUGGAAAAAAAGAAGAUAAUUGAAGAUGUGUCAAACUCCAUAAACAAUGGACUCCUUCAAGUUGAUGAGAACCGCAUAUCAGUUCACAAUGAAAUCAAGAAGUCCAUCUGUAGUCUGAUACUAGAGAUCAACAGAAAGGGAAAGAUUCUUGUCAAUCAGCUUGAGGGCCUGACAAAGGAUCAUGAGAGCGGUCUGAAGAAGCAGAAGGAGGAUAUUGGCUAUCUGUCCAGACACCUGGAUCACGUGAUCAACUUCACAAAAUGGGCGACAGCUAGGAACGGCGGCACAGCUCUCCUGUACUGCAAACGUUUGAUUCUGUUUCAGAUCGGAAACCUGCUGCGGGCUAAAUGCAAUACCUCGUUUGUACCGCAGAGCACUGUGCGUUUCCAGUGUCGGUCAGGCUUCUGGGCUUCAAAUGUCGAUCUGGGCUCAUUAGUGGUGGAGAAUGUCCCAGGCCCCCAGCUGGGCAGCUUCCAGGGCAUCCCUCAUCAACUCCCCCAUCCUGGGCAGGGCCCCUCAGGCUCCCCCAACAGCCUGCCCCCAGGCCUCUCCCAGGCCCGCCUGGCCCCCCACAACCACAACACCCUGGCUCAGCUCCAGAUGCAGGUGGAGAAACUAGCCCAACAGCCUCACUGGCAGCCCCAGACCCCACCCUGGGCCUGGUACCAGAGCAUGCGGCUCCAGAGACCCCCUCCAGGGCCCCUCCAGGGUGGCUCUCCCUCCCAGAGUCUCCCCCCCAUGCCACAGCAGGGCCGGAGGUUCAUUGCCCCCCCUGCAAUCCAUCUUAGUCCCACCAGCACCCUGCCAAGUCCUGGAUAUCCUCCCCAGGCUGUCCAAUCACUGAGAGGCCUGGUGAGCAGCCCCAGCAGCUAUGCACUCAAACACAUGGACGUAUUCAACCCAAUGCCUCACUUCUCCCACAAUGCACCACUGUCUAGCAACGGCAGCCUCAGUUCUCCUCACUUGCGACAGCAACAGAUGGAGUCUGCAUAUCACAACAAGCACCCUGGAGGCCCUGUCCAGAUAAUAAGACCCAACUUCCCUCAGACCCUACCAGCUUCCCUCCCAUACAGAACUGCACAAGGACAUCAUCAUGCAGGACUAACUGCUAUAUCCUGUGAAGAGAAACCAGGGACUGUUUCCUGGAAACCUCUGGAGACACAGCAGAAGGCGUAUGGAGCUGGGGGAUCAGCUGCCAAGAGGAGACGAAGGGCAUCGCCUGGACCCAUCAUCAUCAUAAAAGACGAGCCAGAGGACGACAUCAGCUGUGUACAGGGUAACCUGAGAGCCAACCUCCCAGACAGUAGCACGGGGGUCCAGGCCCAAACCUGUCGGCAAGAUGGAGGGGAACAACAAGUCCAGAUUUCUUGUCAGAGCACAGAGGAAAAGGCCCAGGCCCCACCACAGCCUCCAGGGCCUUCAGGGGACCUGAGUCAAGCCCCACAGCAGAGCCACUCUCUGGGGGCAGAGCAGCAGCUAGGCAGUCAGGGCCCAGCUCCAGAAGAGGACCCUAAUGAGGAUUGGUGUGCUGUGUGUCAGAAUGGAGGAGAGCUGCUACUGUGUUGUGACAAGUGUCCCAAAGUCUUCCACCUCUCUUGCCACAUCCCCACCCUCUUCAGAUUACCCAGUGGGGAGUGGUUCUGCUCAUUCUGCCGUGACCUGUCAGUGCCUGAGGUGGUGUAUGACUGUGACAUCAGCAGAUUAGAGCCCAGAACAGUGAAGGAGGAACCAGACUCUGAGGGAGGAUUCUGCCCUGUGGACAAACGGAAAUGUGAGCGAUUGUUGCUGAAGAUGUACUGCAGUGAGCUCAGUGCUGACUUCCAGGAGGCUAGAUCCCCCUUGAUAUUGCCAGAGAACCAGGAGACCCAAAAGACGCCGAUGGUUCUGUCCAUUGUGAAGAGCAAGCUGGAAUCCAGGGAGAGCCCCUGCUACCAGACACCUUCUGAGUUUGUAUCAGACAUCCGACUCAUCUUCAGGAACUGUGCAGCAUUCAAUGAGGCUGACACUGAGGUUGCCACUGCAGGGAGAAACCUGGAGAGGUUCUUUGAGGAGCAGUUGAAGUUACUCUACCCUGAACGGAUUUUUCCAAAGGUCAAAUCUGAGGUCAUCAGUUCUGUGACCCCUCCCGUCUCUCCUCCCCCUCCCACAACCCCUGAUGAGGAGAGUUCCCAGCAUGCAAAGCAUCAGCGCAGGUGCUCUGAGACCCAGGAGUUGUGUACUCCUGCUCAGCUAAGCUCACCAAAGGGAGAGGAAGAGGCCGUAUAAGCGUGCACAUCGUCAUCUCAUCAACUUUUAUCAGUCAAUAACACUGCCAGUACUAGCCUAUACUAGUAAUUCAUCUUAUUCUCUGAGAAAGUCUGAUUUUCUAAAUGUGCCAAAAUAACGUUCUGUGAUUGAAUCAUUUUGCACAAAAGAACAGUGAAGCAGGGUACCAAAAUCCUUUCCUCCUCCUACUAUACCUGCUUAAGACUGGUUUACAUUAAGGCUGUACUAAUAUAGUGUUGCUAUGACUAAAGACCCUGAGUAUCAAAUAUGAAAACAGAAGGUGUUUGAUUAUCCAGCAGCCUGUGUGGAUAUGGUUCUUGUAACAGAGUAUGUGUACCUUCUGGGGAAUAGGAACUGUUACAAGGUUAGUAAAGUGAAAACACGUCAAAGGUAUCAAACCAGCCUGAUAAAACACAAGACUAUUUCAGUUGUUAUUGGAAGACUGUAUGAAGUGUUAGUUUCAUGAACAUGUCAGCUGUGCGAGGUCUAGUUGUUCAGGCCUACGGUAGCCUUGACUCUAGUUUACAGUGAUGGCUGGUAGCAUGACACAAGGCCUACUUUAUUAAUCGCAACAAUAGAACUUCCUCUUUGUUCCCUCAUUGUUUUGUCAUUGAGCCAUUCAAUGUGUCAUGUAUUUAUAUUUUACAUUGUUGUAGUGGUUUUUAUGCAGUGUAUGUAAAUAUUUACAAUGAUCAUUAACUUAAACCAGGCAAGUAAAUCUUCAACAAAAUGCAGUCCCAAAUAACCUCAUUUGCUAUGUUUUCUCAUGACUUCAAACCAUCGCUACUUAUGAAAACCAAAAUAUUGUAUUCAUAAAAAAGACUUAUUGCAUGCAAGUUUACUUGCAGCUGUUUACAGGGUAAAAUAAACAAUGUCCAUUAUCUUA